AUUGCCUUCCAGAAAGAUUGUGCCAGUUCACAUUGACAGUUGCUAGCAGAUUUUAAAGAACUAUGAUACUUUGAAGAAAAAAAUAGCUUUUUUCAGUGGAAGAAGGUAGUAGAGGUUAUAGGACAACAAUUAGUAUAUAGUUAUAAAGAAAGCCAUAGAUAUACUGUGGGGAAUUGAAGCAAGACCUGGGAAAUGUACAAGUGUGUUGUAGGGUCACUGAAGGGAAGGCCACUGAUCAACUCUCUUGAUCUAUUAAUGAGGUAAUUUCAGAAAAAUGAGGAUACUUGGUAGCUUUACACUCAUGGCCUACUGUCAUUUGUUGAAAGCAUUUACUAUCACAGUUACCCAGGACCUAUAUGUGGUAGAGUAUGGCAGUAAUGUGACAAUGGAAUGCAAAUUCCCAGUAACAACACCGUUAAACCUGCAUGUAUUAGUUGUCUAUUGGGAAAUGGGAGAAAAGAAAGUUAUUCAAUUUGUAAAUGGGAAGGAAGACCUGAAAGUUCAACACAGUAGUUACAGCCAAAGGGCCCAUCUGCUGAAAGACCAGCUCAUUUUGGGAAAGGCUGCACUUCAGAUCACUGAUGUGAAACUGCAAGAUGCCGGGGUUUACCAUUGCUUGAUCAGCUAUGGUGGCGCCGACUACAAGCGGAUUACUUUGAAAGUCAAUGCCCCAUACCGCAAAAUCAACCAAAGAAUUUCUGUGGAUCUGGACACCUCUGAACACGAACUAACUUGUCAGGCUGAGGGUUACCCUGAGGCUGAAGUCACCUGGACAAGCAGUGACCACCGAGUCCUGAAUGGCAAAACCACCAUCACCAGUUCCGAGAGGGAUGAGAAACUUCUCAAUGUGACCAGCACACUUAGGGUCAACACAACAGCUAAUGAGAUUUUCUACUGCACUUUUCGGAGAUCAGGUUUUGAGGAAAACAGUACAUCUGAGUUGGUCAUCCCAGAACCACCUACAAUUCCAAGAAAUAAGAGGACUCACUGGGCAAUUCUGGGAGCCAUUCUGUUGUUAUUUGUAGCCCUGGCAGUGGUCGUCUGUCUACAGAGAAAUGUGAGAAUGAUGGAUGUGGAAAAAUGUGUCACUCAAGACAUGAACUCAAAGAAACAAAAUGCUGCACAGUUUGAGGAGACGUAAUCCAACAUUGGAACUUCUGGUCUUAAAGCAGGGAUUCUCAGCCUGUGGUUUGCGUUUGUCAGGGCUGAGCAUGACCAGAGGUGUGCAAUAGGCCGGCAGGCUGCAGGCGCUGUAGGACUCAAAAGGCUCAAGCACUGAAAAUGGAAGCUGGAAAAGAAGAGGAGAACAAAGAACGAAGGAAACCUUGAUACUUCAAAAUGACUGGAAGACUCAUCGGUGCCUAUGGAAGGGAGAAAGGAAACUUCUGAAUGAUGAGCCUCCAUGCAAAUUGUCCAUCGCUCUUCCUAGGAAAGCAAGUUGAGAUUCCCUGAUUUAUUGGUCAGUUCCUACAGAAGUGCCUUCAAUCAGUGUCUUGAUUUGUCUUCUGCAUGAUUGGGAGUGCUGGUGUUGUAACAGUAUUUAAAUAUGAGUGAUUUCUAUUUAUUUUGAGUUUGUGGGGUCUUGUCGUGUGAGUGUGGUUGUGAAUGAUCUCUUUUGGAAGAUAUAUUGUCACCAAACUAAACUUCCUGCUUAAUCACUUGUAUGUGUCCAGGAAAAUGUAUAGUAUUUGUCAGGUGCUUUGUAUCCUCUAUAAUUAUUGAUAUGUAGGAAGCACACAAACAAACCAUUGGUUUGUAUAGGAUGAUGGAGUGGUAAGUAGCAGACCUCAGAUUUCCCGGACUGUCAUCCACUGUCCUUUUAGAAUACAAUUUACAGCUGCUAAUUUAUUCAUUCAGCAAACAUUUAUGAAAUGCCCUUGCAUGCCAAUCACUGUGCCAGACAAUGAGUCUACAGAUGUGGGCAAAAUAAAGUACUGUCCUAAAGGAGCUCAUAGCAUAAUGGGGAGACCGGUAGGAAAAUGUAUUAUUACACUUCGUGCAGUGACAUAGCAUAAGGUGUUGGAGGAGAAUGAUAGUGAGAGAGAGAAAGUCUAGAUAUGCUGCCAAAAGGAGGGGGUACUGUUGGUGGCCAGUCAGUGUGUUCCUGGACAACUGAAAAUACUUUAAUAAUCAAAGCAAUUUUAGUUUGUGAGACAGUAUCAAUAAUUUUUAUGUUUUUAAGAUGUCAAAUUUUUAAAAACUGUAGAAAAUAACUUUUGAAUUCCUUUCCUAUCAUUAUAUUUACCCCUUAUUUAUUUGCCUUUGUCAUGCAACCUAAUGCUUAUUUAUAUAGUGUCUGGUAUUAUUUAACAGUUCUUUUUUAUUUAAAUGCAGUUGAAUUUUGAAUUUAGACUUUUCCAUGAUUCAAAAUUCAGAAAGUCAACUAGGAGACAUUAAAAAGUCUCUACGCCAUCCUUGUAUCACCCAGGUUGCCUUUCUAGAAGCAACCACACUUGCCUUUUGUUUAUUACGCUUCUGACGAUAUUCUAUGAAUGUUUGUGGAAAUAUAUAUAUACAGACAGUCCUCGGAUCACAUCAGACUUGAUGUACGCCGUUUUGUGGUUACGCCGCCAAAGUUCUGU